GAUCGGGGCUGGAUGUUGCCUCCCGCUCCGUAUCUUUUGACCCCAACCUUCCUAACUCUCUCAUGCGCCCAAGCCUCACUUUCUGCUUAGAUACCCUCUCGCGCCCUCUCCAGUUUCUUUGUCACCAUGGUUCGGAAGGACCCUAUCUUUGAAGCCCGCACCAAUGUCAAGCUACACUCUAAUCGACUGAAAAAGGAGGCCGCCCGUGCUGAAGCGACCUUCAAAUCCGAGAAGGCCAAGGCUGAUAAGGCCAUGAAAAACCGCGAAUUUCAGAUCGCCCGCAUUCAUGCCGCUUCUGCCGUACGAGAGAAGCGCAGACAGGUGACCCUCAAGGCGGAGGCUGCCCGAGCAGAUGUCAUCAUCAACGAGCUCAAGGCUGCGCAGAGCACUCGGGACACAUCUCGAACACUAGCGUUGGCAUCACGGGGCUUGGAUGCUGCUUCCAAGAGUGUAAAUCUUGAGAGCUUGGUUUCCCAUGCGAACAAUUUCCUGGCGCGCUCUGAAGAUUUCAAGAUUGCUAGCAGUGCGAUCGAGGAUGUUGCACAAGGGGUCUCUUUGCAGGAGAAUGGCGCAGAGGGUGAAGCCGAUGUGGAUCGCUUGAUGGAGCAACUUGCUGAUGACGCUGGGGUGGAUCUCCGGAUGGCUUUGGAGCAGGAUGCUGCUGCUGCUCCUAAGGAGGAGGUAAAGGCUCCUAAACAGGUCGACACUGAACUUGAGGAUGGGUUGGAUGCUAGGCUACGCGCUCUCAGGGCAACCAACUGAAUUUCACCUACUUCGUUUCUAUUGUCUUCUAGUGUCACGUUCACUUUGGCAUUAUCUGUUGAUAUUCUUUCGGUUUCGGCGAACGAUAGGAGUAACUAACAGCGCGUUGGGUAUAUGCUGGGUCGAGGUCUAGUUGCUUUACAUGAUUUGUUGGUCCUCGCAAUCUCUUUCAUUACAUCCCUGUGAAAAUCGCACUUGCUGCAUACAUCCAUAGCCAUGCAUUUGAAGGAUAUCCAAUGGUCAAUCUUACAGGAGAGACGCACUUUUUCUCUGCACAGACACUGUUCGAGUGGUCUAUAUACCGGCUUCACCUAUAUUGUCAUUUUGGCCUCUCUCUCGAAUUGGUACGUUCUCUUAGUUACGUGCUCUAUAUUCUGUCCAUCAAUGAUUAUGGGGGCAUGGCUAUAAAGAGAUUACAUGCCUGAGACAUAUGACGUUUAAUUUAUAUUCCAUACGCUCAUCUCGGGAGACUAUCGUCGAUAUUAGGCAAGUUUUUCUGAACGUAGUG